GGGAGGGGUGACACGCCGGCCGCCAGGCGGAAUGCUGCUCUCGACGCUGGUGACGUGCCUCGCCGGGUGCGCGUUCCUCCUGUCGCCGGUCAGCGAGGGGUGCGGACCGGGCAGAGGCAAUGGCAAGAGGCGGCCGCCGCGGAAGCUGGUCCCUCUCGCCUACAAGCAGUUCACCCCCAACGUAGGCGAGAAGACGCUUGGAGCCAGCGGGAGAUAUGAAGGGAAAAUUACCCGGAACUCCGAGCGCUUCAAGGAGCUCACCCCCAACUACAACCCUGACAUCAUCUUCAAGGAUGAGGAGAACACAGGUGCAGACCGCCUGAUGACGCAGCGCUGCAAAGACAGGCUGAACUCUCUGGCCAUCUCGGUGAUGAACCUCUGGCCCGGGGUCCGGCUACGGGUCACCGAGGGCUGGGAUGAGGACGGCCACCACUCGGAGGAGUCGCUGCACUAUGAGGGCCGGGCGGUGGACAUCACCACGUCGGACAGGGACAGGAACAAGUACGCCAUGCUGGCACGGCUGGCAGUGGAGGCCGGAUUCGACUGGGUCUACUACGAGUCCAAAUAUCACAUCCACUGCAGUGUCAAGUCAGACCACUCAGUGGCGGCUAAGUCUGGAGGUUGUUUCCCUGGUGAGGCCUUGGUCAUAUUGGAAAGUGGAAGUCAGAAGCCCGUCAGUGAUCUGCGACCCGGUGAGAGAGUCCUCGUCUCGUCGGGCAGCAAUGGUAGCGGUGAGCUGGUGUUCAGUGAGGUCCUGACAUUCCUCGAUCGGGACCCCAAGACCCGGAAACUCUUUUACACCCUGCAGACUGAAGCUGGGGCUCAGCUCUCGCUCACCGCCGCCCACCUAAUAUUUGUAUCUAAAGAGAACUGCUCAGAAGGGGCGGUGCCAGCCCGCGAUGCCCUCAGGACUGUGUACGCCAGCGAUGCCCAGCCGGGACAGUGUGUGCUGGUGUCAGAGGGUAAAGGGGGACAGAAGCACAGGGAGGGGCGUCUGUCUCGGAUCAGCCGGGUGACAGUAAAGGAGAUGAAGGGGGUGUUUGCGCCGCUGACCCAGCAGGGGACAGUGGUGGUGGACGGGGUGGUGGCAUCCUGCUAUGCAGUGGUGGACCAGCACUCUCUGGCUCACUGGGCCUUUGCCCCACUCAGGCUGAUCCACAGCUGGACUGGGACCACUGGGGGCCACAGUGAUGGGAUCCACUGGUACUCACAGCUUUUACACUGGCUGGGGAGGAAGUUGUUGGACUCAGGACGGCUCCACCCGCUGGGAGUGGCUCAGGACAACAGGUGAGGAAGCUGAACUGCAAAGUAAGAGCCAAACAGGACCCUAAUGAACUUCCUGCAGCGAUGGGAGACAUUUGGCUUCCUGCUUAGGCCUGAUGGGAAGAAUAAAAAGACAUGAAGUGACACAGAUGAGACCAAAUAAACAUUCAGACUUAAAAAAGUGCACAAACAAAUGUUUUUGUUGUUUGACAUUUAUAUUUGUAAAACACUAUGAAGCAAUAAUCCCUUAAAACAUCCUUAAUUAACUCUAUAAACAUGUAAAUUUAAAAAUCCAUUAAUUACAAAAUGAAGACGAUGAUAAGGUUGACAUGAGUCUCCCUUAAAUUGGUUGGUUAUAUGUUGGUGAGUCGAGAUACUUAUAGGUUGAAAAUGAUUAUAAUUUUAGAGGUUUCUACUUUGAAAGCUGUUUAUGGUAAACUGUUGAUAUUUUGUGGAUUAUGGGAAUUUUAAUGUGAUUUUUAAACAACACAACAAAUCCCAUGAGGGGAAAAAAGUAAGGUAUUUUAAGGGUUCCCUUUAAGAUACUGUUAAAAUACAGAUGUAUAUUAAAAAGACUUGUAACCAUUAAACAUAGUUUUAGAAAUAGAAAAGUUAUUUGGUUUUAUUAAUGUUUUAAAGGGGUUUUAGCAUCCUGUAAUUUCAGAUAAUCUCUUAAUUUAUCCCAUAAUUUUCCCUUAAUCUGGUGUAAACCUUGAAACUGCCUGAUUACUGAAAUUUUAUCUGUUUUCACCUGACCCCAAACCAAACCUCUAACCCUGAAAAACUCCUUUUUUGUUAAUCAAUGGAUUUUUCCAGUUUUCAGAUGAGCUACUCCUACUACACUAUGAAAUCUGGGCAGAUUAGUGUGAGAUUUAAGGUGUAAUUUUAAGGGAUUUUGUUUCAUAGUGGAACCCGGGAAAGGGUUGGGGUGGAGGGCUGUGCUCUUUGUAAAAGGACAAAAUGUAUUUUUUUCUCCAACACAUGUACUUUCCUGCUUUAAUACAGAGAUUUUAGAAUUAAUAAUAGAAUGUAUUUAUGAUAUUAUUUGUUUACAGAAAAUCUAAUAAUGUUUAUGAAGUUAUUAUUAUGGGAAAAGAUAUAUUAAAAAGAUUUAUUUUUGAAAUUAAAUUAUAUGGAAAUGA